UGUAAUUGCGUUUCCCCGUAAAACAAACAAACAAACUCUCCCGAUUCUGGCGACUCUCUCUCUCUCUCAGACUCUCACAAGUCCGUCCUGAAGAGCAGAAUCGUGUCGUCGUGUGUCGCGGCGGCAAUGCGAGAGGAACAUAGUCCAGUUAGGGACGGUCGUCGAAGUGGAGGACUGAGGUCGUUGAUAGAGCCUCGCUUCUUGUCGUCGGUUGCUUUAAACGACGGUGGUUCGAUUUCUGGACGGAGAUCUUCCUACCUGAAACUUCCUCCUCAGGGUCGUAUCAAGCUUUCCGUCGUUAAGCUCAACGGUUCCCUUUUCGCAGAUGUGGAAGUCGCAAAGGAUUGCUCGGUGGCAGAGCUCAAAAGAGCUGUGGAACAAGUUUUCACCAUUUCUCCUCUGGAAGGUCAUGGCAGGAUUUCAUGGUCCCACGUCUGGGGUCAUUUUUGUUUGUGUUAUCGUGACCAGAGAUUACUCAAUGACAAGACUAGCAUCCGUUAUCUCGGUCUCAAUGAUGGGGAUCAAUUACAUUUCGUAAGGCAUUUGUCCAUAGACCACUCUCCUAUGAACAAAAGAUCCAAGAGCCCCAGUUGCAAGCGCUACCUUGAGUUGGAAAUGGAAUCCGAAGCCAACGAAAUCCAAAUACAAAACCAAUACCAGAACAGUAUGGAUGAUGUAGCUGAGAAGUGUUACCCAGGAGCACAAGACGAGUUACCGGCAGCAGAAUUCAGACUAGUGAACCUAAUCAAAGGAUGGUUGCCUUAUGCUGGACGUUGGGGAGUGUCCAGAACAGGACCUAAGAGUCGCAGUGGUCCUUCCAGAUUUUCUUUGAAGCAUUUCGGUGGCAGGCCCAAGAUGUAAAACCGAUUGAUUCAAAGGAUCUAUUGUUUGUCUUCAUGCAUUACGAAAGCUGAAAGAAGGUGCGUUUUUUAUUCGCAUAUUUUCAGCCUAGAACACAGUAGUAAGAUCAGCUGAUUUGUAAUAAAACAAUAAUAGGUUGAGUAUGUGUUAAUUCAGAAGUGAAAUGGCAAGGUAAACCUUAUACAGGCUGAAAAUGGUUUAACCCAUACCAACCUACUGAACCCAAUAACUGGCCUCACCAUUUUGCUUCCACUAGCGUAAGAUUAUCUUCUUUUGCCUCCGUUGUAUGCAAAACUGUCUGUUCUUAUCAUAGUAAUGCAUAUUUCUAUAUAUCUGAAGUUAACUUAUUGACAAUCUGGAUUCAAAGGGUGCCAUGGUUCACAUAUGCUUUUUUUAUUCUUCUUAGAACCUUCCUAGUAUUUUUAUUUUUCAAGUUUGUUCCAUUAAUGGACCAGGAUCUCAUUGAAUUACUAUUAUAUGUAAGCUAGUCAACACUUUCACAAGUUACUAGGAGCUUCAGAAUAUUGUUGCCUUGUACAUCUUGAGAUAAUGAAGAACUUCACUCCGCUCGUAGGCCAUUGUCUUUUUAAUAUUAUAAACAGUCUGAGAAUUUGACCCUUAAUGAUCGGUUGGACGAGUGUAAAGGUUUGCUCUUGUCUUAAUAAUAUAGAAUUCUGUUUUCUUUUUCUUUUGUUUGUUUGUAUGUACAUAUUUGGUUUAUUGGGUGGUAAAGUGAAGAAACUCAGAAACCGUGAAAGAAAGUGCAGAAGUCCGCAGCAAGUGUCAAACCAUAGCAAGGCUCAAAGACUUUCAUUCUCGAUCUUUUCCGCAUGUUGUCAUGAGCGAAGAGUAUACCACUCAAUAAAGUAGUCUCCAAGGCACAGCCACUAAGGUUGUUACAGGUCAGGAUUGGAUUCUACUUUCUAGAGGGAAUGGAAUGAGUAAUGACUGAUGGAUAUCUGCAUGUGGGUCUAAUCCAGCAUUGGAUGUGUGAUGGUCUCAUUGUCCUGCAUGCACUGGACUGUAACAUCAAAAGGUGAGAGCAUUGUGCAUACAGUAACUUACACUAUCUGCCAACAGUAAAAAAAAAA